AUGUCUUUCAUCCUCCGAACCGCCAGAUUCGCAGCUGUUCGCCCAGUCGUCGUUGCUACGAGACCUUUUAGCAGCACGAGCUUCAUGGCAUUAAAGGAGAGUGACCGCCAUAACCCUGAUCAGGCCGAGUCAAACGAGAGACACAAGCAAGAUUCGUUACAGAAGCAGAAAGAGGGAAAGGGACACUGGAAGGCGGAGUUGGCGAGUGACAGCGAGGAAGCUGUUGCCGCAGACCGAUCAAGCAACGAGUCGAUCGAGGAGAUGCAGAAGAAGACGAAAGAGCACAUAGAGAAGAAGCACAAGUAG